AUGCGAAAAACUGACACUAAUGGAACCCCGUCCCUCUACCGCCUUUUCGUAUUCGCACUUAUAAGCUUCCAAUAUUGCACAAUCGCGUCUACAGAACCAAUUUUCAUUGAUGUUACGGAAUCCGCAGGGAUAACAUUUGUGCAUACCGAUGGCAGAAGCGGUGUGAGACUCUUCAACGAAUUUCUCGGAUCUGGUGGUGGAUUUUUCGAUUAUGAUGGCGACGGCGAUCUCGACAUCUACCUCGUCAAUGGCGCGGUUCAGACAGGAGGUGGACAAGACCAAACCCCGCAUAACGUCCUCUACCAAAACAACGGCGAUAACACCUUCACUGAUGUCACCGAUAAGGCAGGUGUAGGAAGUAGUGCCUACGGUACCGGUGCCACUGUCGGUGAUUACGAUAACGAUGGCGAUAUAGAUUUGUACGUCACCAACUUCGGUGAAGAUCAGCUCUAUCGGAAUAAUGGCGAUAGCACCUUCACAGACGUGACAACACACGCCCAAGUUAACAACUCGAACUGGGGCACCAGUUGCGCGUUUGCCGAUGUGGAUAACGAUGGACACUUGGAUCUCUAUGUGGCAAACUACGCCGCGUAUGCGCCUGAGAACGACAUCCGGUGCGAAGAACGUGGGGUUCACGUCUAUUGCGGUCCGCAUGCGUAUCCGGCGGUUCACGAUACUUUUUACAAGAACAACGGAGAUGGCACCUUCAUCGAUAUGUCGGUUUUGUACCGUCCCUCGGAUCUGAUGCCUCAGCACGGGUUAGGCGUGACGUUCGGCGAUUACGAUGCCGACGGGGACACCGACCUCUACGUCGCGAACGAUCAGGAUCCGAAUUUUCUGUUUCAAAACAGCGGGAGCGGCAAUUUUUUGGAGGUUGCAUUAAUUUCAGGCGUAUGCUACAAUGAUAUGGGUAAAGAGGAAGCUGGGAUGGGUGCCGAUUUCGGGGACUAUGACAACGAUGGGUGGCUUGAUCUCACUGUCAGCAACUACCAGACCGAAACCAAUACCGUUUACCACAACCAUGACGGCACCUUUUUUACCGAUAAUACGAUUACAUCAGGUAUCGCAGAAGUAACACACGGCUAUCUGGGAUGGGGUAUUAAGUUGUUUGAUUACGACAACGAUGGAUACCAAGACAUCUUUGUCGCAAACGGACACUUGAUGGAUAACAUCGCUGUGCUUGAGACGCAUGUACCCUAUCCGCAAAGGAACCUGUUGUUCAGGAAUUUAGGCGAUGGCAGGUUCGCCAAUGUCAUGUCAGAGACAGAUGGCUUGGCACUGGAAAAGGUGAGUCGCGGUGCUGCUAUCGGCGAUUACGACAACGAUGGGGACCUUGAUAUUCUUGUCACCAAUUGCAACCAACGUCCAGAUCUGCUCCAAAACGCAAUCGGGAAUCGAAACAAUUGGAUACAGAUCCAAGUCGUCGGACAAAAAAGCAACCGCUCUGGGAUUGGGGCAAAGAUUUAA